AAAUUGCUUACAGCAUGCUUGUCGCAACAACACGUCAGUCAAUAGGCACAAUAUCACAUUUAUUUACCUGGACAUUUAUUUCGGCCUCAGAUGAGAAGCUCUCAGUAGACAGUGUGCUGCAGAUGCCCAGCUCUGAUGUACUGGACACAAUGAAGCGCCUGGGCUCCAACUCUGAGGAUCGUUCCCGCCUUACUGCUGCCCUCUCCUGUCUAAAGAGUCCCACAGAAACAGUUGGAGAUAUGAGGCCUGAUUCCCAACGGCGCAUUCAUUCCACCAACCAACAGUCCACAGUUAGGCACAGCCGAUCCAUCUCCAUAUCCGUGGUUCCGUGUUCGGGUGACAACCAACCUUACAUACCUACUGAGGAAAUGGUUGACGCCUUCUCAUUGGCGCCAAGCACUCCCUCCAGAAUCCCAGCUUCGAAGAUACAAACCGCCAAAACGGUCCAUACUCCACCACCGCCUUCCCGUAAGCUUCUGCAACUCCUGCCUAUCUCCAUCGGACCAACGCGAAGCAAGAGUCAUGACUCACAAGCGGAGCCUGCAAACCACAAGGCCAACAAGAAGAACAAGGCGCUGGCUUCUAUGCACUUUAAUGGGAACAGUUUUGAAGAUUCAAACCUGCGUUCACCCCUGCUGUCUGCCCGCACACACAGCCCCGUCCCUGCCUCGGCCCCGUACACGAUGACCGCCGCCCCGACAUCCCUGGACAACCUCGCUGUACACAGGAGUUCACCUCAGACAGUGAGGCGAGAUAUCGGUUUGGCUGUUACCCACAGAUUUUCAACAAAAUCGUGGCUCUCCCAGAUAUGCCAAGUGUGUGGCAAGAACAUGAUCUUUGGUGUGAAGUGUAAACAUUGCAAAUUAAAGUGUCACAACAAAUGUACCAAAGAUGCUCCCUCUUGUCGGAUAUCAUUUCUCACAUUGCCAAAGAUGCGAAGGGCAGAAUCAGUGCCGUCUGAUAUCAACAAUCGUAUUGAUCACAAAGCAAAGAUCCCACUGCAGUUUGGCACAUUACCAAAGGCAAUAACCAAAAGGCAGCCUCCUAACCAGCUGGACUCCAGUAGUAACCCAUCAUCAGCCGCCUCCUCCACACCUUCCUCUCCAGCACGUUCCCAGCAGAGCAACCCACCCAGUGUCAGCACCACCCCCCCACUCAACACGUCUCCCCAAGGUUCCCAGGACGACAAUUUUCACUUCCCAGCAGAUGUCCCCAAUUCCAAGAAUACUGAUAGUCAACAGUCUGACAGCUCCAACGGCUCUGGAGUAUCGCAGACAGCCAUUACUGCGACGCAAGUAAAAGCACCUGAGCAAAACCAGCGUGCAGAUGAGCAUCAUUCUGCUGGAGAGGACCAAAGCAAAAGCUUCUCCAACGAGGACUUUGAUGAAGAUGGCCUGGAAGACCUACCUCCGUCUAUUUGUCGGCGUAGGACCGUUGGCCGUUGGAGCGGGGAACUCAACCGCAAAGCCAGUCAGACCAGCGUCUACCUGCAGGAAUGGGACAUCCCAUAUGAGGAGCUGCAGCUCGGAGAGCUUGUAGGAAAGGGCCGAUGGGGGAAGGUGUUCAGGGGUCGCUGGCACGGCGAGGUAGCCAUUCGCCUUGUGGAGGUGGACGGCAAUAACCAGGAGCACCUGAAGCUUUUUAAGAAGGAGGUGAUGAACUACAGGCAAACCAGACAUGAAAACGUCAUCCUGUUCAUGGGCGCCUGCAUGGCCCCGCCCCACCUUGCUAUUGUCACAAGUUUCUGUAAAGGGGUUCCUUUAUUCUCUUUUGUAAGAGAAAGAGGCCAUUUGUUGGAUAUAAAUAAUACCAGGCAGAUUGCACAAGAAAUUGUCAAGGGAAUGGGCUAUCUGCAUGCCAAAGGCAUAGUUCACAAAGAUCUGAAGUCUAGGAAUGUGUUUUAUGACUCAAACAGAGUCGUUAUAACAGAUUUUGGACUAUUUGGGAUGGCCGGAGUGGUACAAGAAGGCAGAAGAAAGAAUGUGUUGAAGAUACCCCAAGGGUGGAUCAACUACCUUUCACCAGAGAUUGUCCGUGUGAUGAGCCCAGAGGUUGCUGAGGACCGGCUGCCAUUCUCGAAAGCUGCUGACGUUUAUGCUUUUGGUACAAUCUGGUAUGAGCUGCAUGUUAGAGAUUGGCCAAUCACCAACCAACCUGUGGAAGCUAAAAUCUGGUUAGUGGGUAGCAAUGAGGGCAUAAAGAAGGUGCAGGCAGAUGCCAACCUGGGCAAGGAAGUUACGGAGAUCCUUUCUGCUUGCUGGUCUUUUGAAAUAAAUGACAGGCCGACCUUCACCCAGCUGGCUGGUAUGUUGGACAGGCUGCCGAAACUGAACCGCAGGCUCUCCCACCCUGGACACUUCUAGAAGUCUCCUGAGUAUGUAUCAUAGAAAACGGGAGUCCACCCAACAAUCACCAAAAUUCACUCACAGUGAUACGCAAGAAUGGAGUUUGAAACGGGAGGAAAUGAACUGCCAUAGGGAGGAUAUGAUUUUGUUGGGGAGAGGUCUGAUGAAGCUCUAUUGCAAUUAUUAAUGGACAAUUGGGGACUUUUUUUAAUGUGACUGCCGAAGUUUGGUAAUUGUCCCUUUUGUGGAAUAGUCUGAUUUUCACCGCUAACUGACUGAUCCACAGUCUCCUGCUGUACCUGAUCACCGUGUUCAUGAUUUCAGAUCCCAAUGUUUCGCUUCAUUCUAUGCGCUUCAAUUUCACACUGACCUUUGUUGACUGUAAUAUCGUCCUCUCACAAGCAUUGGUAUCUUCUACAGGCUACGGCACACACUCAUAGCUCAGUGCGCUGAAAGUGUGACGUGCAAAUGGGACAUUGCUUUUGAAAACACCAAUUGUUAUGCCCAAUUAGCAACGUGAAAUUUCCAAUUUUUCAGAAACCUUAAAUUUAACAUUAUGUCUAUAUAAUACAAUUUGGCAUUUUAUCAUGUCCGCUGUGGUUACUCAUUUAGCUUGCUAUUCAAUUUCCUUGAAAGUAUGUUAAUAAAUUUUAUGGGGG